GUUCACUUUCCAAGAUUGAUCGCGGGACCGCAAAUGAUCGCAUAAUGAUUACGGACUGGCGUGAGGACCACAGACGGAACUCGCCCCGCGACAUUCCUGCGCAUCGCGGUAACAAAUUGUCAAUUCGUAGGCGGAGUAUCGGAGCGACAAUGAGGUAGAGGAAACACCACUUUCCCUUGAAGAUUAGGGACGGCGUUUCGGAGAAAGAAGGAGAAAGAGCAAGCGAGUGAGCGCGCGAGCCCCGGCCGAUUGCUCCUCCAUCGAGAGUAAAGUGUGUCGAGGUCUUUUCACGGACAGUCGCUGUCUGUCCGUCUCGAGCGACCGGUGAUUACACGCUGCCAUCCUUUGUGUCGAAUAAGUUUUUUUUUUUUUCUAUACCGCUUGUACUCUUUUCCAUCUCUCUGUCAAUUAUUUUCGUACUCUCUUGCACACACACACACACUCUCUUUCUCUCAUUUACUUACUCCUCGCUGUUUUUCCUCCGCCGCUCUCGACACAACAUGCAGAACUCGCUGGUUCUAAUCGCGCGCCGACACUCCUAGUUAAAAUAAUUUAGCGCCACGUACCCCGGCUUCAAAAGUACGUCGUGAUAGUGGCACAAACGCUGGGGAUGUUCGCAGGAUAACAGCUUUUUUUUUUCUGAACGGAAAAUGUCGUCGACAAUAGUUCUACUGAGUAAGUGACGCGUAAGCUUCCACAGAUCCCUUCGCAUCUGCGAGUGUGUAAAACUGUUCACGCGAGAGGGUGUAAAAGCAAACGGGGUGCCGUAACGUUUGAUGGUCGCGAUGGCACGUGCCAUGCCGCUGGUUAAUUUGAUAACAGAACGUCACGCAAAGUGACAGUGAAUUAUUGAUUACGUGUGUACGUGUGUGCGAUUUGUAAUUUGUAAAAAGUGAAAACGACGUCUCGUGCACCGAUGAAAACUCUGUGGGGCCUCUGUGUAAUAUGGAGCCUGUUCGCCGGCUCUGCCUCGUACACCGGAGAGGUCGUGCAUUACCGCAGUUAUCCGCAUGGAUACAGAAACUCGUACGUCCCGUCGACGGAAGGAUGGUCGCAUUCCUGGAACGCCGGGCCAAACAGGUCGGACAGACCGGUGUAUCGUAGGGACACGCAGGUGCGUCCUUACACGCGGUUGGUGAAGAUCGAGCAAGAGCAGAGCGAUCCUCUGGUGACCAUCAGCGAGACUCUCGGCGCCUUGAACACCGUGGGCAACUACAUCGUCAACAUGACGAAGGGCGUCGAGGUCUUGGAUCAUCCACCGAAGGAGUUGCCCUCGGCGAUCUAUACCAUUUCUAAAAAUAUUCUUGGCCGUAACGUAACAGACAGCAUAGCUCCCUUGGUACGCGGCGUUGCACUGCCAUUGAGACAAACGAUUACAUCCUCCACCACACAGGCACCGCUGAUCCAACAUCAACAACAGGAAGAACUCGCCAACAGAGACAAGGAGUCCGCUCCGUCCGUGUGUACAACCGCCGAGGGCGGACCCGGAAAGUGCCAAGAUCUCAGUAAUUGCCCGCAACUGUUGCUCGAUCUCACCAAGCUUAGACAAUCGUUGUGUUUCAAAAGCUUGUUCGUACCAGGAGUUUGUUGCCCGAUAGACAAAACCGGCAAUCCCUCUGUUUCCACCACUACUGACGGCGCAUCUUCCGGUGUCAACACAAGUGAACAUCCUCUUCGACCAACGGUGAUUCGACCAACGAAACCAGCUACACCACGUCCGAUACCACUGUAUCCAGUGACGUCCACGACUGUAAGACCUAUCGCGCAAACUGUCCCAUCGCCCGAUUUAUUAUACAACAAUACGAAUGGUUUUGAAAGUGUUGGCACGAUUGACAACAAUUUUAUUCAAGAUGACGAAGAGUGCGGUGUAAGAAAUUCAGGUAAAUUCCGCGUGGUCGGAGGUGAGGAAGCGUUACCUGGUCGUUGGCCCUGGAUGGCGGCGAUUUUUCUUCACAGCACUCGGCGAACGGAGUUCUGGUGCGGAGGAUCGUUGAUAGGAUCGCGUUACAUUCUCACCGCCGCUCAUUGCACGCGAGAUCAACGUCAGCGGCCAUUUGCUGCUCGUCAGUUCACUGUGCGUCUCGGCGAUAUCGAUCUGGAGAGAGACGACGAGCCCUCGUCACCGGAGACCUACACCGUGAAGGAGAUUCACGCUCAUCCGAAGUUCUCGCGCGUCGGUUUUUAUAACGACAUCGCCGUACUCGAGCUCACCAGACGCGUGAAGAAGACCCCGUACGUGAUACCCAUUUGUUUGCCGCAGGCGCGAUUCCGUAAAGAAUCGUUUGUCGGACAUAGACCUACAGUAGUCGGCUGGGGCACUACUUAUUACGGUGGAAAAGAAAGCACUGUGCAACGACAGGCGGUCCUGCCGGUGUGGAGAAACGAGGAUUGUGACGCGGCUUACUUCCAGCCGAUUACCAGCAAUUUUUUGUGUGCGGGUUACAGCCAAGGUGGCAAGGACGCGUGUCAGGGUGACUCGGGUGGACCGCUUAUGUUGCGUGUUGAGGGUCGGUGGACACAGAUCGGAAUAGUCUCAUUUGGAAAUAAGUGCGGCGAGGUUGGGUACCCCGGCGUGUACACGCGUGUCUCCGAAUAUACCGAUUUCAUUAAAACCAAGGUGAAGCGAUAAGUAGAGCGA